GUUUCUCAAGUUGUGCAACAACGUGGGUGUAAGUUGUAAGUUACACAAACGGUUGUGUAACAACAUUAUGUGAAUGUGGAAAACAAAGUUUCGAAAUUUUAAUAGGUGAACACACUUUAUUUCGAAAUCGCUAUUAACCGCGUUCGCUAUGGACAUUGCUCAGAAGAAACUCGACUUCGACAGUCACGACGAAUCUGCCGAGGAUCCCUUUUACAAAUCUGACGACAAGUUAAGUUUCCCUGAAGACAUGGGCAUCACGAGCAGCCCCCUUUCACACCACAGCAGACUGCUAAGUCCUCGAAAAGGCAAGCGGCAAUUGCGGACCAGCUUCCGAAAGUGGAAAGUGGACGAUGAAAUGGAUGUCGAUUACCCUUCAUCGCCGCCGUUGGUACAGAGGAGCAACAACAGAAGAGCAGCACCUACCUCCUCCUCGAGGCCUUCCUUCUCGCCACCUUCGAAGAAAGUCACCGCUCUGAGAUUGUUCGACACCCCAAACACUCCGAGGACCAUCUUUAAGAAGAGCAAGAUCAGCGGCAACCCUGCCAGUUGGCUUGAUGAUAGCCGCGCUAACAGAAAUCUUGCAGACCUUGCCGUCGCUAACACCAACCCGUUCACCCCUGAGGUCUUGAGAAAAAACAUUCGUAAAAGACCAAGAUCAUCAAAUAUAAAUUCACUACACUCGUCAGCUACCUCGGUGAAUGCCAACUCGUCCUUGCAAUCCAUGGAGGAUUCGAUGCUUCGUGCCUCUACCUCCAUAGGCGACGAUGAAGAUGAGGAGUGCUCACAACCUAGGAAGAGAUAUGCCAUUCAUGAUUCAAACAUUCCACGUUACCGCAAAGAAUUCCUCGAACUUGAAAUAAUAGGAUCUGGAGAAUUCGGAAGUGUCUACAAGUGCAUCAAUAGACUGGAUGGUGUUACCUAUGCUAUCAAAAGAAGUAUUCGCCCCAUUGCUGGCUCAUCUGAUGAGCAAAGAGCUCUGAACGAAGUAUACGCACACGCUGUUCUCGGAAGUCAUCCACAUGUCGUGAGAUACUACUCCGCGUGGGGAGAGGACAGUCACAUGAUCAUUCAGAAUGAAUAUUGCGGCGGCGGAAGUCUGGCUGAUCGUCUGCACAAGCUGCGAGCUGCUGGAGCAGGUUUGCCACUGUUGCCUGAGCGAGAGCUUUGCCGCAUUAUGCUGCACGUGAGUCGUGGACUGCACUUCAUCCAUCGCGCCGGACUUGUCCACCUGGACAUCAAGCCUGGCAACAUUUUCAUGGCUCAAGAGGUGAAAGUUGUGACCGUCAACGCUCUCAACUCUUUUGGGGAAGCCACCGAAGACGAGGAUCCUCUAUCUGAUUCAGAGAAAGAUGAGGUCACUUACAAAAUUGGCGACUUGGGUCACGUUACCAGCAUUGACACGCCGAAAGUUGAAGAUGGAGACUGUCGUUACCUGCCAAAGGAAUUGCUCAAUGAUGACCACACUCAUCUCACUAAGGCAGACAUUUUCUCAUUAGGUUUAACUAUCUACGAUGCCGCUGGGGCUGGUCCUCUCCCCAAGAAUGGGGAUGACUGGCAAGCUUAUAGAGACGGCAAACUUCCUGCUCUGCCAUACAUCAGCUCUUCUCUAAAUGAAUUGAUCAAGUCGAUGGUGCAUCCAAAUCCGGUCGAGCGACCGUCCGCCUCACAAGUGGCCAAUCAUCCUAGUAUAAGUGAUGCUGCCUUCGAGGGCAUGAACAUGCGUGAAGUCGAUCUGCAAAGGCAGAUCAAAGACCAAGAACUGAAAACACAACUUCUAGAGAAGAAGCUGAAAACCGCUAAUAGAAUAAUCAAGAUGUCGCAGGAGUUGCGAUCAUUGCCGUUCCCUGAAGAGGACACUCUUGAUGACAACAGCAAUGUGAAACAGCCUGUUGAGCUGAAGCCAAGCAAAAGCAGGCUGGUCGGCUCACGCACUAAGAGGAGCGUGAGCACCACCAACUUCUGACUCUUGUGAUCUGUUCAAAUUCUAAAAUUUUCUUCCGUUUAAAUUUGUAAGUUUUCUGUAUGAGGUUUUGCCAGACAAACAUUGAAUUGCAACUAGUUCUUGCUGUUCAUAAUUUAAUACAUAAGAUUAUGAUGAUGUAAUGGAGCUGUCUCAACCUCUGUUUUGUAAAUAUUUAGAACUUAAACUUCUCUAUUACAUUUCAGACUGAAGCGUUCUGGAAUUUUUUAAUCCGGGUGCUUAUCCUUUUGAAUGUUCUUCCUUCGUGCAUUUCUCUUUUUUAUACGAUAUUCAAUAUUGAAAUAAAUCUACAGAUAAUGGUAUACAAAAUCAA